AAAAUGUGCUGAUCAGCCAAUCUGCUGCUUGUGUCUGAGUCUCUGCGGGCUUUAUUCCCUCCAUCCCUCUUCCUCUCUUCCUCUCCUCUCUCCUCUCUCCUCUUCUUCCUCUCUCCUUCCGCCUCUCUCCUCCGCAGCGAUGCUCCCGCCGGGCCUGGCCGGCCGCGGCGCUCUGUCCUCGGGCUGGGACUAGAUCGGCGGGUCGGAGCGGGUCGGAGUCUUUCAAUCAUGGUGCAGAAAUCCCGGAACGGCGGGGUGUUCCCGGGAGCUCAGGCCGACCAGAAGAAGCUAAAGGUCGGCUUCGUGGGUCUGGAGGCUGGAGGGACGGAGUCCAGCAGGGACGGAGCUCUGCUGAUAGCAGGUGGGGAGGAGGGGCCUCGUCGGCAGCGCAGCAGCGUCUCCGGUGGAAAGAAACCUCCAAAGAGAAACGCCCUCUACAGACGGCUGCAGAACUUCCUGUACAACGUGUUAGAGAGACCGCGAGGAUGGGCCUUCAUCUACCACGCUUACGUGUUCCUGCUGGUGUUCUCCUGCCUCGUUCUGUCCGUGUUCUCCACCAUCAAAGAGUACGAGAAGAGCUCUGAGGAUGCGCUCUACAUCCUGGAAGUGGUGACCAUCGUGGUGUUCGGGGUGGAGUACAUGGUGAGGAUCUGGGCAGCUGGUUGUUGUUGUCGAUACCGAGGAUGGAGAGGACGACUCAAGUUCGCCAGAAAACCUUUCUGUGUCAUCGACAUCAUGGUGUUGAUAGCGUCGAUCUCAGUGUUGGCGGCGGGGACUCAGGGAAACGUCUUCGCCACCUCAGCCAUCAGGUCACUACGUUUCCUGCAGAUUCUCAGAAUGAUCCGGAUGGACCGCCGGGGAGGGACCUGGAAACUGCUCGGAUCAGUCGUCUACGCCCACAGCAAGGAGUUGAUCACUGCGUGGUACAUUGGCUUCCUGUGUCUCAUCCUCGCCAGUUUCCUCGUUUAUUUGGCAGAAAAAGAAGACAACGAGCAGUUUGAGACGUACGCAGACGCCCUCUGGUGGGGACUGAUCACCUUGACGACUAUUGGUUAUGGAGACAAGUUCCCCAUCACCUGGAACGGGCGCCUGCUGGCGGCCACCUUCACGUUAAUUGGAGUUUCAUUCUUCGCUCUGCCUGCUGGCAUCCUGGGCUCUGGGUUCGCCCUGAAGGUUCAGGAGCAGCACCGACAGAAGCACUUUGAGAAGAGAAGAAAUCCUGCAGCCGGACUCAUCCAGGCGGCGUGGAGAGUUUACGCCACCAAUCUGACCCGGACUGAUCUGACGUCAACAUGGGAUUAUUAUGAGAGGACCGUCUCCGUCCCCAUGUACAGGUUGAUUCCUCCACUCAAUCAGCUCGAUCUGCUGAGGAACCUCAAGAACAAAUCAGGACUGUCUUUCAGAAAAGACGUCCAGCCUGAACCGUCUCCCAGCAGUCAGAAGGUCAGCCUGAAGGAGAGGGUCUUCUCUUCCCCCCGGAGUUCAGGAACCAAAGGGAAAGGCUCUCCUCAGCAUGUUCCCACAGUCGUCCCUGGUGUUACCCCCUCCGUGGGUCCCAGUCCUGGUGUGGGUACCGCGGUUCCUGGGAGCAUGGCAGGUGUCCAGGCUCUGCGGCGGUCCCCCAGCAUGGAGCCGAGUCUAGAGGACAGUCCCAGUAAGGUACCAAAGAGCUGGAGCUUUGGGGAACGUAGCAGAACCAGACAGGCCUUCAGGAUCCGAGGAGCCGCUUCACGCCAGAACUCUGAAGUGCUGAUAGAGAUGCAGGAUGAAGAGUUCAGACAGAAGGGCUCCCCAGAUGCCAGCAUACCUGGCGAAGACCUGGUGGAUGACAACAAGAGCUGCCACUGUGAGUUCGUCCCCCAGGAUCUGACCCCGGGGAUUAAAGUGACCAUCAGAGCCAUCUGUAUCAUGCGUUUCAUGGUGUCUAAGAGGAAGUUUAAAGAGAGUCUUCGUCCCUAUGAUGUCAUGGACGUGAUCGAGCAGUACUCAGCCGGACACCUGGACAUGCUGGCCCGAAUCAAGAACCUCCAGUCCAGGGUGGAUCAGAUAGUUGGCAGAGGAACACCAAUUGCAGACAAGGACCGUCCCAAAGCGGCCAAUGAGGAGCUUCCUGAAGACCCGAGCAUGAUGGGAAGACUGGGGAAGGUGGAGAAGCAGGUCCUGUCCAUGGAGAGGAAGUUAGACUUCCUUGUCAACAUCUAUAUCCAGCGGAUGGGGAUCCCACAGGCUGAGACCGAUGCCUACUUUGGAUCCAAGGAGCCUGACCCGGCACCGCCUUACCACAGUCCAGUAGACCAGCUGGAGAAGAGCCAGUCCAUCUCCAAGAUCAUGCAGGUUUUGCCCGGUGAACCUGUUGAGAAGAGUCGUACCGGGACGAAGAUGGUCCGCUCCAGCAGCUCCACCGGACACAGGAACUACAACACCCCCACCUGCCCGCCCUCCACUUCCUGGCAGCCAAUCAGCUCUCAGCUCUGCCAGCCGGUCCCACAUCCUCAGCGUAGCCACGGUAACACUCCCAGUCCAGUAGGGGACGGGUCUCUGGUCCGACUCCCUCCACCCCCGGCCGGAGAGAGGCACGGCGGGAACCGCUCAAACCGCCACAGCACCGGAGACCGAGGGGGGUCCGAGAAGGGAGGAGAGGGGGCCAACGGGACCGCCGGAGGAGGAGGGGAGGAGGCGAAGCCGGACAGUGAGACCUCCAUCUCCAUCCCUUCGGUGGACCACGAGGAGCUGGAGCGCUCCUUCAGCGGGUUCUCCAUCUCUCAGUCCAGAGAGAACCUGGACUUCCUCAACAACGGCUUCUACUCCACCUCCGCCAACCUGGGGGAGCACCGGGGAGGAGGCGCCGCCCGCUGUGCCACCGUCAGGCCCUACAUCGCUCAGGGGGAGUCGGACUCCGACUCAGAGCUCUGUGCUCCCUCCCCACACACGGACCGGGCCUGGACCGGAACCCAGUAGAGUCAGGGAGACCAGGACCAGCAGAACUUUGAAAUGAUAAUCAGAGAGGGGGGAGAGACAAUGAGACCGAGGUCAGAGGUCAAAGAUUUAAACACCAGCUGGGAAUCAUGGGAACUUUAAAGGGCACACGGCACUGGAGCAUCAUGGGAACUGUGAAGGGCACUGGAGCAUCAUGGGAACUGUGAAGGGCACACAGCACUGGAGCAUCAUGGGAACUGUGAAGGGCGCUGCAGGAAGUCUCGGUGGUUUCUGUGAAUGUUUCUCUGUACAGCGAAUGUUUGUGGUCACUCUUCACUGCUGGUACAUCCUCACGCUGACUCAUUACUGGUGGUCAAACAGAUCACAGCAGGUCCAGGGUCUGGAUGGAACACCCCCCCCCCCACACACACACACACACACACACACUAAAGCCAUAAAAAGUUUCUGACUUUCUUUCCUCAGAGAAAACAAUUGUAAAAAAGAAUAAAAACCGAGCUCAGUGUCCCUAACCCUCCUGUAGUCCCAUCACUAAUGAACAUUUAACCCCACAGACUAAGAGACGACCCAAACGCUGAUCCUGUGAUCCGUUUCACUGCUGAUGUUUGUUGUUUUGAUGGUUUCAGACGCUCCUACAUCCACCACAGCUGUUUACAUUUAUUCAGUAUGUUUAUAAACAACACAAAGCAUCAUGGGAUAUUCACAUAUGCAAUGCAGACUUCUCUUCUGUGGUCCAGAACCAGAAUCAUCCUGAUCUUCUAGAACAGUGGUUCUCAACCUGGGGGUCAGGACCCCCAUGGGGGUCAGGAGACACUGAGAGGGGGUCUCCAGAUGUCCUAAAACACUAAGAAUGUUUUUUUAAUUACACUGU